AUGGCACCCCUCAAGACUUUGCUAGCUCUAGCUAGCAUGGGUGUGAGCCCAAUGGCAUGGGCCAAGUUAGUUCACUUCAAUUUGGACCUUACUUGGGAAAAAGGUGCACCUGAUGGAAAUGUUCGUGAAAUGGUAUUCAUGAACAAGCAAUUCCCUGGUCCGGAGUUGAGGCUUCACCAGGGCGAUGAUGUGGAGGUCACGGUUCACAACCAUCUACCCUUCAAUACAUCCAUCCACUUCCACGGCAUUGAACAACUGGGAACUCCAUGGUCCGAUGGUGUUCCUGGGCUGACGCAAAAGCCCAUUCAACCUGGUAACACUUGGACAUAUCGCUGGAAGGCUACACAAUAUGGAACUUAUUGGUACCACUCACAUGGCCGGUCUGAGAUGAUGGAUGGCCUUUACGGCCCAAUCUGGAUUGAACCGGCACCUGAGACCCCUCAACCUUUUCACCUAAUUUCUAACAACACUGCCGACAUUGCGGCUAUGCAAAAGGCAGAGUUAGAUCCUAAAUUGAUCAUACUAUCUGAUUGGGAUCAUUUGACUUUCGAAGAAUACCAAAAGAUCCAGGAAGAAAGUGGUUACAGUGUAUUCUGCAUGGAUAGUGUCCUCGUCAACGGCCGCGGAGCUGUUUACUGCCCCGGUGGUGAGAAGAUCUCCAGUGUGGAGCUCGACUACCUCAAGACCGCAAUUGAUCAAUCGCCUUUGAGUGACAAGGGAUGCUUGCCAAAUAUCUAUAAGACACAGGGAAGUUUCGGCGGACACGAUGAGACAAGGAUUCCUCAGGGCGUCAACUGGGGCUGUGAGCCAACCACUGGAAAUCACGAAAUUAUUGAAGUCGAUGGCAACGCCGGCUGGGUGAGCUUAAAGUUCAUCAGUGCGGCUGCUUUGAAAUCUCUCAUUUUCUCGAUCGACGAACACCCCAUGUACAUCUAUGAGGUCGAUGGAAGCUACGUGGAGCCAUUGCUUGUCCAUAGUGCGGCUAUUUUCAAUGGUGAGCGCUAUUCGGCCAUGGUGAAACUCGACAAGCCAUGGAAGGACUACACCCUUCGAGUCCCUGAUACUCAGGGUGACCAGGUCAUUUCAGGAUUUGCUACCUUGCGUUAUAAGGGAUCCUCCAAUGCUCAAUCUUCCCAACCCUACGUUGACUACGGCGGGAGGAAUACCUCGGCCUCAGUUGUGGCCCUGGAUCAAAGAGCUAUUCAUCCAUAUCCUCCUGUCAGUAUUCCGGCUUCCGCUGAUCAGCUAGUCAAUUUGACUAUUGGUCGCUGGGGCUCUUCUUAUACAUUCACAACCUCAGGUGGCGGUCUAUGGGAUAUGAUGGCCAACUGGGAUGACCCAAUUCUCUAUGAUCUCAGCGCAAAGAACAAUUUGGCGCCUGGUCUUGCUAUUGAAACCAAGAACGGCACUUGGGUUGAUCUCCUCCUACAACUUGGUCAUAUGCCUAACACCCCUGAUAUCACUGCUGCCCACGUUAUGCACAAGCAUUCCAACAAAGCUUUCAUUCUCGGCGUUGGGCCCGGAUUCUUCGAAUGGUCAAGCACUGAAGAGGCGGUUGCUGCACACCCUGAGUACUUUGGGCUUGAAAACCCUCAAAUGCGAGACACUUUUGUUACCCAGGGCACACGUGGUCCGACGUGGAUGAUUCUUCGCUACCAGGUUGUCAACCCCGGGCCCUUCCUGUUUCACUGUCACAUUGAGACACACAUGGCAAAUGGCAUGGCUGUUGCCCUUCUCGACGGAGUCGACGCCUGGCCGCAGCUUCCUCCGGGUGAGGACCAAAGUCCCAACCCAAUUCCAGUUGGGCCUCAGAGUCAAUCUCCUGUUCCAACUCCCCUUCCUACUAGCACUCCUCCUGUCAACCCAGCUUCGACUCCCAGUGUUAAGUCUUCUAUUUCAAGCUCGCGGCCCUACUCAUCCAUCGUUCCAUCACCCACUCCCAGUACAAAGCCGUCUACCCCGGCUUCUCAGUCUUUCACACCAGGUCCUCCUGCAUACACACCAAGCUCUCGGCCCUCUACCCCUGUUGUCCAGUCCUUUACUCCAACAGCUCCUCCAUCAUCGUCACCCAUUGUUCCACCGCCUACGCCAAGUUCUCAGCCUCCUUCACCCCCAUCUCCUCCACCGGCUCAAACCCCCAACCCUCUAAUUGAGCCACCGUCUCCCUCUUGGUUGGCAAGACUGCACAUGCACAAACUUGGCGAAAAUGGGCUUGUAAAUAGGCUACUUCAACGUGACGAGGAUGCAGGAGAUAAACACAAGCCGUUCCCGAACGAGGUUACUUUGAUCGAGGCAAAGAAAGUCCACGAAAAGUUAACUGACACUUCUCAUUCCCCCAAUUCUUCAAAGGGGCGUGGCCGCUACCACCACCGCAACUGGUAA